AUGGCUGCCGUUGCCAUGACAACCAACCCUGUGCAGACCCUUCGGGAGGAGGCCGUGUGUGCCAUUUGCCUCGAUUACUUCACAGACCCCGUGUCCAUCGGCUGUGGGCACAACUUCUGCCGAGUGUGUAUAACCCAGUUGUGGGGAGGGGAAGAUGAAGAGGACUGGGGCGAUUUAGACCUGGAAGAGGAGGAGGAGGACGGAGAAGAGGAGGAAGUAGAAGCUGUGAGGGCCGGUUGGGGAUGGGACACACCCAUGGGGGAUGAAGACUUUGAAGACGACUUGGAGGAAGAAGAGGGUGUGUUCUGGACAGGUGGAUUGGGCAGGUCGAACUGGGACAACGUGGACUACGAGUGGGAGGAGGAAGACGAGGAGGAAGACCUGGACUACUAUUUGGGGGACAUGGAGGAGGACGAGGAUGAGGAGCUAGACCCCGUCUUGCCACUGCCCCCAGCCCUUCGGAGGCGCUUCACCUGCCCCCAAUGCCGGAAGAGCUAUACUAGGAGGAACUUCCGCCCCAACUUGCAACUGGCCAACAUGGUCCAGGUGAUUAGGCAGAUGCACCCAGCCCCUGGUCAGGGGAGUUGUGGGAAUGAGCAGGGCAUUUGUCCCAAACACCAAGAAGCCCUGAAGCUCUUCUGCGAGGUCGAUGAAGAGGCCAUCUGUGUGGGGUGCCGAGAAUCCAAGAGCCACAAACAGCACAGCGUGGUGCCAUUGGAGGAGGUGGUACAGGAGUACAAGGCCAAAUUGCAGGGGUAUGUGGAACCUCUGAGGAAGCGCCUGGAAGCCGUGCAGAAAAUGAAAGCCAAAGAGGAGAGGCGGGUGACAGAGCUGAAGAGCCAGGUAAAGUCAGAGCUGGCAGCUGUGGCCUCAGAAUUUAGGCGGCUGACACGGUUUCUUACUGAAGAGCAGGCAGGGCUGGAGCGGCGCCUCCGAGAGAAGCACGAAGCCCAACUGAGGCAUGCAGGAACAGCAGUUAGCCAUCUUACUGAGCAGGCUGCCCAGCUGAGCCGCCUGCUGGCUGAGGCCCAGGAGCGGAGCCAGCAGCGGGGCCUGCAGCUGUUCCAGGACAUCAAGGAGACGUUCAAUAGGUGUGAAAAGAUCCAGCUGCAGCCCCCAGAGGUCUGGUCCCCUGACCCGUGUCAACCCCAUAGCCAUGACUUCCUAGCAGAUGCCAUUGUGAGGAAAAUGAGCCGGAUGUUUUGUCAGGCUGCCCAAGUGGACUUGACACUGGACCCCUACUCGGCUCACCCAGCCCUGAUGCUGUCCCCUGACUGCAGGGAGGUCUGCCUGGCAGAGUGGCAGCAGGAAGGUGCUGACCCUUCCAAGCACUUCUCGGCUGACUGCUGCGUACUCGCGGUCCAGAGCUUCAGCUCUGGCCGGCACUACUGGGAAGUAGAGGUUGGAGGGCGACAGGGCUGGGCUGUGGGCGCUGCCCGCAAAUCAACCCAUCAUAAGGAGAAGGUGGGCUCUGGGGGUUCCUCUGUGGGCAUUGGGGAUGCCAGCUCUUCCUCACGUCAUCACCACUGUCGCCGUCGGCUUCACGUGACCCAGCCGCCUCUGGUCCAGCGGGAAGUGUGGUGUGUGGGCACCAAUGGCAAACGUUACCAGGCACAGAGCUCAACUGAACAGACACUGCUGAGCCCGAGUGACAAACCGCAGCGCUUUGGCAUUUACCUGGACUACGACUCAGGGCGGCUAGGCUUCUACAACGCAGAGACUCUGGCCCACGUGCACACCUUCUCAGCUGCCUUCCUGGGUGAGCCUGUCUUCCCUUUCUUCCGGGUGCUCUCUAAGGGCACCUGCAUCAAGCUGUGCCCUUGA